AUGUAUCUAUCUAUCUUGGACUUUUUUAAUAUCUAUCUAUCUAUCUAUCUAUCUAUCUAUCUAUCUAUCUAUCUAUCUAUCUCAGUCUUUUUAAUAUAUCGUUUUUUUUUAAUAUCUAUCUAUCUAUCUAUCAAAUCUAUCUUGGACUUUUUUAAUAUCUAUCUAUCUAUCUAUCUAUCUAUCUAUCUAUCUAUCUAUCUAUCUAUCUAUCUCAGUCUGUUCCUAUGUCUUCAGAAACUGUUCAUUUCCUCCUCCUCCUACUACUAUUCCAGCACUACUAGUACUACCACUACUACUACUACUUCUUCUUCUUCUUCUUCUUCUUCUUCUUCUUCUUCUAUAUCUCUUUGCUGUUCUUUGUUGAUUGCUGUGGUUAUUUUGUCUUUCUUUCUUCUUGUAGGUGUAGCUGUUAUUCCUCUCCUUCUUAUUCUUAUUCUUUUUCUCUAUCACUUACUCUUUCUUCUUCAUUUGUUGUUGUUAUUCUUGCUGGGUUUUUUUUUCUGGAUCUUUUCCUCUUUCCUCAUCAUUUCUUGCUGUUGUUGUUGUUCUACUUUUUCUAUAUUUUUCAUUCUUUCUUCAUUUGUUUUAGCAUUAAAAUUUUUUCUUCCUUCUCUAUAUCUCCUCUUUCUUCUUCUUCUUCAUUUCUUGCUGUUUUUGUUCUUCUUUUUCUAUAACUCUUUCUUUUUCAUUUGUUGUUGUUCUUCUUCUUUUUCUUGUUCUUUAUAUUUCUUAUUUUUUCUUUUGCCAUUUUUAUUCUUGUUGUUGUUCUUUCUUCUGUAUAUCUUUCAUGCUUAUUUCUUGCAAUUGUUAUUCUUCUUGUUUCUGAAUCUCUUGCUUUGCCUUCUUUCUUUCUUUUUUUCUUUCUUUCUUUCUUUCUUUCUUUCUUUCUUCACCUUCUUUGUUUCCCUUGUUUGUUUGUUUGUUUCUUUCUUUCUUUCUUUUCUUUUCUUUGUUUCCCUUGUUUGUUUGUUUGUUUGUUUCUUUCUUUCUUUCUUUCUUUCUUUCUUCACCUUCUUUGUUUCCCUUGUUUGUUUGUUUCUUUCUUUCUUUCUUUCUUAUUAUCCAUUGUUUUUGUUCUCUUCCCCAUCCUCUAUCAUUCUUUCUUCUUCAUUUAAUGUUUUUUAUUCUUGUAUUAUUUUUGUUGUUGUUCUUUGUUCUUUCUAUAUUUUACUGUUUCAUUUUCAUUUGUUGUUGUUAUUCUUGUUGUUGUUGUUCUCUUUUCUUCAUUUCUUGUUCUUUCUUCUUUAUAUCUCUUACUCUUUCUUUUUCAUUUCUUGUUAUUGUUGUUGUUGUUGUUCUUUCUUCUUCAUAUCACUUGCUCUUUCAUUUUCAUUUGAUGCUAUUCUUGUUGUUCUUUCUUCUUCAUGUCUCUUACUCUUUUGCAUUUCUUGUUAUUCUUCUUGUUUGUCUUUAUAUUUCUUUCUCUCUCAUUUGUUGUUGUUCUUCUUUCUUCUUUAUAUCUAUCACUCUUCCUUUUCAUCUGAUGUCAUUGUUGUUGUUUUAGUUGUCCUUCUUCCUUCUUUAUAUUGUCUUUGUUUUCAUUUGUUUUUGUUAUUGUUGUUUUUAUUCUUUUCUGCAUCUUUUGUUCUGUCUUCUUUAUUUCUUCUUAUUAUUCAUUGUUGUUGCUCUCUUCCUCUUUGCUAUCUCUUCAUCAUUUAUCUUUAUUAUUCUUGUUGUUGUUAUUCUUUUUGUUAUUGUUGUUGUUGUUCUUUCUUCUUUGCAUCUUUCACUCUUUCUUUCUUCAUUUGUUGUUGUUAUUCUUGUCGGUCUUCCUUCUGUAUAUACCUUACUCUUUCUUUUUCAUUUUUUGAUGAUAUGUUUGUUGUUGUUAGUCUCUUUCCCUUUCAUACUUAUUCUUUUUUUUCUUCAUUACUUAUUUUCUGUUUUUUAUUGUUCUUCACUACUACUGGAUAUACUCAUUCUUUCCUCCCUCUCCUGUUCAUCACUUUCAUCUCUCUGGUAGUCUUCUUGAUCACUCUCAAUGCUGAAUUCAUUCAUCCUUUCUGGCAUCAUCUGUUCCUCCUCUUCAUCUUCUUCCUCCUUUUCCAUAACUUCAUGCUCUUUUGUGGUUCUAAAUUGGUCUUCUUCAAUCAGUAUGCCCUGAUCCUUCUUUGUUAA